AACGAACUACAUACACUGCGCAGCAUCGUCAUUUCCGGUUUGCAGGGCACACAGGCUGCUGAUUCACACACACACAAACAGAAGUGAAACAUCGUUCUGUAUUUAUGAAAUAUAAACAUGUUACUGUGAUAAACUGCGGAAACUCAGCGACAGUAUUUUCUGGCAGGUUACCAUGGUCCCUACAGACUUUAAAGCCCUGAUCCAGAGGUUUUAUCACCUUCAGUCUGAGCGCGUAGAGACGUAUCAGCUCUUUGAUGAAGGACAUGAGGCCUACUUGAGGACAGGGCCUCAUUAUGACUUCGACCACUACAAGCAGCUGGUCCAUGAGAUAACACAGGCCUUCUGCGGCAUCUCCAAGGAAGUGCUGGAGAUCAAGGGGAGGCUGCACAACGAGUUUGACCGGCCAGCCCUUUCAGAGCACAUGGAAAAGCUACAGACCAAAGAGAAGCAGAAACUUGAACUGACAGCCAAGCUGCAGCUGGCCAGGCAGCGGGCCCAGGAUCACCCGGAGGACGAAGACUGUCAAGAACAGAUUCAGGAGAUCAAGCACGAGAUCAUCAAGAACAAAGAGGCUCUGAGUGAGAUCCUGCAGGACUUUAAGUAUGACUCUGAGGAGUGUGAUUGACAGGCGGCCUUCAGACGGCGGAGGUGACGGAUCGGCUCCGCUGCAACUUCCCAUCUUGAACUCCUCAGCUGCACUUAUCAAUCCCUCUGGCUCCACCCAGCUCGCUGAUGCAGUCCUCCUCCACCCAGGGGACUUUUUACAUUCUGGCUCUGCGUUUCUAUCUGAAGCUAUGCGUUUGUGUUAAUGCAUGCCUCAGCAAAAAGACAUUUUGUAAAUACUUUAAAGGUUAAAUAAUUCCUGGAGGUUCAUCCCGCCAUCUUUGUUUACUUGAUGAAUUGUAUUUUUAAAUAAAAAGAAAAAAAAGAGAA